AUGCCUCCGCUUCAGCGCCUGGACGAUGCCUUCGGUGUCCGAAGAAGCCAGCAAGGGGUCCAAGACCCCGACCGCAAAGUACUGCGGACGUAUCGAUGGAUGCAGUUCCAUGGCAAAGAGGAGGUCACUGAGUUUGACGAGUCGCACUUCGAAGCUGAGGGCCUCUUUGCGCAGAACUCAUCACAGGGCAACAAAGAGUAUCAAGACCGACUCCGUGCGAUCCACCUCCGCAAGGAAGGCCUUGAGAAGACUGCGAUCGCAAAGGCUCUAGGCCGAUCUGUGAAAUUUGUUGCCAAGUGGUGGCAGAAGGAACCCAAGGAGAUACCGCGCCCCUGGGGAGUGCACGAGUACUUGACGAAGGAGAUGGGUCGCAACGAGCGCGGCGUGGGCGCAACAAAUGGUGCAUCCAUGACCGAGGAGUCAGUGCACGACACCGCCACGUGGUGGCGGGAUGUGGAGGUAAAGCGAGGGUUCGCGAGCGAUCCAGCCAUCUACGAUGAGAUUCUGCAAAACACGGACUGGAAAGCCAGCAAUGCCCGCACGAGGGACUUUGCCACAGGUGCCUACCAUCUGAAGUACGACCAGCGGGGCAACAUUCGCUGGGAAGGGCACCAAGGAGGCAAGUACAAGCCGGGCCUCUCACCUGCGAUGGACAAAGUGCUUCAGAAGCUUUUCGUGGAGUAUGGCAUCGAGGAUCGAACGUCUGGCGUGAUCACCAACUGGUAUCCAGAUGGUCAAGGCAACCUCGGAAGUCAUCGGCAUGACUGCUGGACAGCACUUUUCAGCUUUGGGCACGAGCGCAUCCUUACGAUUGACAACACGCCUUUGCUCAUGCAGAAUGGAGACUUGUGCAUUUUCGGGACGCAAAGGCACGGGGUGCCGAUCAUGCCUGAGAUAACGGAGGGCCGCAUCACACUUGUCGUGUUUUUCUAUCCCGACAAGAUGCAGAAGAAAGGCAUGUGGCAGACAAUCACUGAUCCAGAAACCAUGGAGUCCAGCCGGCCCCUGGGCAAGAUGCUGAACAACCACCAUCUCAGCCGCUGA